GAAUCCUAUUUUGUUUUUUGUUUUGUUUUUUUCGUUGUACUGUUGUUGUUUUUAACAGAGAGGGACAGGAAGCAUCGUCACCGCGCAGUUAUUUUCUCAUUGACAAACAGCAGUGGCAGUCUGGGGAGCCAGAGAGUUGAAAUACAGCAAGAAGGUUCUGUUCGUCUUUAUUUUGCCCAGCAGCCUGUAGGCUGGAAUUCCCACAUCUGGAAAAAAAAAAAAAAGCACUUGAGGCUUUGAGCCCCGCAGGAUCUCGUCUGGUAGACUGUACUCCCACCCAGCGCGGCUAAAGCCCCUGGACACCAUCCUCUCGUCACCAUGGGAACCGUGCUGUCUUUGUCACCAAGCUACCGGAAAGCGGCCCUCUUUGAAGAUGGGCCGGCCACAGUGGGCCACUACACAGCCGUGCAGAACAGCAAGAACGCCAAAGAAAAAAACCUGAAGCGCCACUCGCUCAUCAACGUUCUGCCGUGGAAGCGGAUCGUAGCGGUGUCAGCCAAGAAGAAAGGGUCCAAAAAGGUGCAACCCAACGGCAAUUACCAGAACAAUGUCACCCACCUCAACAACGAGAACCUGAAGAAGUCACAGUCAUGUGCUAACCUAUCCACCUUCACCCAGGACCAGAGCACUCCAGCUCUCACCAAGAACUCCAACAACACAGCAUCAUCAUCAGUCAAGAAGGCCCCGCUGACCAACUCCAAUGUGGUCCCCGGGACCCCCAAGCGAGUGAUUGUCCAGGCGUCCACCAGCGAGCUGCUGCGGUGCCUCGGGGAGUUUCUGUGCCGGCGUAGCUACCGGCUGAAACACCUCUCGCCGACAGACCCGGUGCUGUGGCUGCGCAGUGUGGAUCGCUCCCUUCUGCUCCAAGGCUGGCAAGACCAGGGCUUCAUCACGCCAGCCAACGUGGUGUUUGUCUACAUGCUGUGCCGCGACGUGGUCUCCUCCGAGGUAGCCACAGAGCACGAGCUACAAGCCGUGCUGCUGACCUGCCUCUACCUGUCUUACUCCUACAUGGGUAACGAGAUCUCCUACCCACUCAAACCCUUCCUAGUGGAGAGCUCUAAGGAGACCUUCUGGGACCGCUGCCUGUCCAUCAUCAACCUGAUGAGCGCCAAGAUGCUCCAGAUCAACUCGGACCCGCACUAUUUCACUCAGGUGUUCGCCGACUUGAAGAAUGAGAGCCAGAAGGAGGAGGAGAGGAGCCGCCUGCUCAUCGGCCUAGACCGGUGAGGGGAUGCUCGAGGGGGCGGGGCAUGCUACAGUCUGGCAUUUUGACACCUUUCAAAGCCUGUGUUGCUAUUUAUUUAUUUAUCAUCCAAACUGUAGUGAGGCCGGACUAACUUGGACAAAUUUACAACAACUCAAUUUGAAGGACUUACAUUACAUUUAGACCCAAGAAUGACAGCUUUUUUUUUUAAUGCCAGACUUGGGUGCAUCUUAUGGUACAUAUAUCUAUAUGAAAUAUUGUAAAAUCUUAAAUGAUUCAGACAAAACAAAAAAGUUACAUUAGAAAAGGAAGCAUACAUGUACAGCGAUGAAUGUGGACAGGACUGAGGCUGCUGAAG